AUGUUGCUGAGGUUCCUUCUCGUGCUGGCCUUAUCGUACGGGCUGCGGGGCAGCGAAGGAGCUCGAGGAGGGGGACUUGCAGCCAAUCGUGAUCCGAGAAAUCGACUCGGAUCCAUAGACCAGGCUUCGUUCGGGGACUCGCUUCUUGCGUUCGGCGAAGAGUCUGGCCACUCCGGCGACACGCGCAACCUCUUGCUCGCCCAAGAUGCGACACCACAGCGUGAAUUGCAUUCUCUGGGGGAGGAGCAGCGGCAGGUGCUGCUGGAGACGGUGCGGAUCUAUACGGAGCCAUCACAAGGAGCAAUGCUGGAAGCCCGCGAAGCGAAGCUGCAGGAGAAGCUGACGCAGCAGCAGGAGAAGGAAAUGCUUGAGAAGGAGCGGCCAGAGUUGAAGCAGCAGCGGCUGCAGAAGGAGAGGGAGAUGAGCCGGCUCCAAGUGGAUGUUUCAGUCAAGGCCUAUCGGGAAUACCAGGAAAGGACGCGCCAGGAGGAGUUGUACAUGCCGCAGGAGCGGCAGGCGCAGCGGGGACGAAGCAUGGUGACCUGCGUCCGGCAGGAAAAAACUUGCACCGCGGGCAUGUGUAAAAAUGGGGAGACGUGCAAGCCUAUGAACACGUGCAGGGGAUAUAUUUGCCUGGUAGAUCGUUCUAAUCUGCAGACUAAGACGCCCAGGACAAAAGUGGAUAAGAUCAGUAAGAGCCCCGCACAGGGAUCGUUGGCUCCGGAAGAAGAGGACGAUUGGAAAGCCUGUGGAGGAGAGUGA